AUGGUUUUGAUGAGAGCAUUAAGAGACAUGAAUUUACCCAAGUUUGUUUUCGAGGAUGUACCCUUAUUUCUGGGUCUAAUUAGUGACCUAUUUCCUGGACUGGACUGUCCUCGAGUACGUUAUCCAAAGUUCACUGAUACUGUGGAAAAAAUCCUAAAGGAAGAUAAAUAUAUCUUAUCACCUGAUCAGGUAGACAAAGUAAUUCAGAUGUAUGAAACCAUGAUGACACGACAUACAACCAUGAUAGUUGGACCAACUGGGGGAGGAAAAUCUGUGGUCAUUAAAACUUUGAUCAAGACUCAGAUUAAGCUAGGAACUCCAACCAAAGUUCAUACUUUAAAUCCCAAGGCUGUCAGCGUGGUUGAGCUUUAUGGUAUUCUUGACCCUUUGACCAGAGAUUGGACAGAUGGACUUCUGUCAUCAAUAUUCAGGGAGAUUAAUCGUCCUACAGAACGAGACGAACGACGCUACAUCUUGUUUGAUGGAGAUGUUGAUGCUCUUUGGGUAGAAAAUAUGAACUCUGUGAUGGAUGAUAAUCGACUUUUGACACUAGCUAAUGGGGAAAGAAUAAGACUUCAAAAGCAUUGUGCUUUGUUGUUUGAGGUUGGUGACUUACAAUAUGCUUCUCCAGCUACUGUUUCUCGCUGUGGCAUGGUCUAUGUAGACCCUAAGAACCUAGGUUAUCACCCAUAUUGGGAACGAUGGCUUUUGAACCGAGAUUCUGAAUAUGAACAAAAGGAAUUUGGGGACCUAUUUGACAAAUAUGUUCCGGACUGUUUGGAUUUUAUUUUAGAAGGUGUGGUUCAUGGUAGACCAGUCGGACCUCGACUCAAGACUAUUGUACAUUGCACUAGUCUAAACAUGGUAAGAUGA